AGCGAGAGGCAGAGGCGGCGGCGGCGGGGAGAGCACGGCCAAGGCUGCCCAGCGGUGCCUCCUCCACACCCCCCGCCGCAGCAGCACCGACGACAGAUUUUUAAAAAAAUGGAUUUGGCCAACCAUGGACUUAUUCUUCUGCAACAGUUAAACGCUCAGCGAGAGUUUGGUUUCCUGUGUGACUGCACGGUUGCCAUCGGCGAUGUGUACUUCAAGGCACACAAAUCAGUUCUUGCUUCAUUCUCCAAUUACUUUAAGAUGUUGUUUGUCCAUCAGACCAGUGAGUGUGUCCGUUUGAAACCAACCGACAUCCAGCCGGAUAUCUUCAGCUAUCUCUUACAUCUGAUGUACACCGGCAAGAUGGCACCCCAGCUCAUCGAUCCCGUUCGAUUGGAACAGGGGAUCAAGUUUCUGCACGCCUACCCGCUGAUCCAGGAAGCCAGCCUGGCCAGCCAGGGUGCCUUUUCUCACCCCGACCAAGUUUUCCCGCUCGCUUCUUCCCUGUACGGCAUUCAGAUCGCAGACCACCAGUUGCGACAAGCCACCAAGAUUGCCUCUGCCCCCGAGAAGCUGGGGCGGGAAGCGCGGCCGCAGCCGUCCCGGGUGAGCCAGGAGCAGGCGCCGGAGGCCUCCCAGCUGUCCCAGCUGCCUCCCAACCUGGCCCCGGUGACUCGGACGCACCUGACUCCCUCGGACCCGCUGCAGACCUCGCUGUCCCCGGAACUCGUUUCCACGCCCGUGCCUCCCCCGCCUCCCGGGGAGGAGACCAACCUGGAGGCCUCGUCCUCGGACGAACAGCCGGCGGCCCUCACCAUCGCCCACGUGAAGCCGAGCAUCAUGAAGAGGAACGGGAGCUUCCCCAAGUACUACGCCUGCCACCUGUGCGGCCGGCGCUUCACGCUGCGCAGCAGCCUGCGGGAGCACCUCCAGAUCCACACGGGCGUCCCGUUCACGUCCGGCCAGCCCGGCGACAGCCGGGGGCCCCUGUCUCUCUGCAGCAACGCCCCCGACCUGGGGAAGGACGCCAUGGAGGUGCCCGAGGCCGGGAUGAUCAGCGACAGCGAGCUGCAGCACAUCUCCGACUCGCCCAUCAUCGACGGGCAGCCGCACUCGGAGACGCCGCCGCCCUCGGACAUCGCGGACAUCGACAACCUGGAGCAGGCGGACCAGGAGCGCGAGGUGAAGCGGCGCAAGUACGAGUGCACCAUCUGCGGCCGCAAGUUCAUCCAGAAGAGCCACUGGAGGGAGCACAUGUACAUACACACCGGCAAGCCCUUCAAGUGCAGCACCUGCGACAAGAGCUUCUGCAGGGCCAACCAGGCGGCGCGGCACGUGUGCCUCAACCAGAGCAUGGACACCUACACCAUGGUGGACAAGCAGACUCUGGAGCUCUGCACGUUCGAGGAGGGCAGUCAGAUGGACAACAUGCUGGUGCAGACCAACAAACCCUACAAGUGCAACCUGUGCGACAAAACCUUCUCGACUCCCAAUGAGGUGGUGAAACACUCGUGCCAGAACCAAAACUCGGACGUUUUCGCCCUGGACGAGGGACGGUCCAUUCUCCUGGGCAGCGCGGACUCGGAAGUCACGGAACCCGACCACCCAGUGUUAGCCUCCAUCAAAAAGGAGCAGGAAACAGUGUUGUUAGACUGAAUGUGACUUACCUGUUUUUUAAAAAAAAACUGUCAUUUUUACAGAGACGGUCUCC